GAUAAUUGACAAUUUGUCAAUUGUCAAUGUCAUCAAACUGCAGAGAUUUUUAUGUACAAAGGGAUAGUAAUAUUUAUUAUUAGGAUUGGAUUUAUUGCUGUUUACAGACAAUUUUAUAGGGAGAACAUGCAGUAAUAUUACUCCACAUACUUAGAUAAAUUCUUGCUUUAAUUGCGUUUCCCUGAUAAAAUGGAUUCGUCUUCAAUUGUGAGUUUUAACAACGAUUCAACGUAUCAGUCUACGAUGAAAGGAGAAUACAAUAACUUUAGUGUCCACGAACUAGCUCUUCAUGCGAUGCGAGAUAGGUGUUUAUUAUUGCAACGAAGAAUUAAUGUAUUAGAAAAUGACAACAUUAAACUUAAACUAGAUAUAUCAAAAACCGAUAAUUCGACAUACAAUCCACUGCAAGAUGACGACAAAGUUACCUUACAGAAGAAAAUAGCGGAACUCAACAAACAAAAGUCUCAUCUUUUGCAUCAUGUCUUCAUGGUCUCAUGUGAAAAUAAGAACUUAUGGCGAAAAAUUGCUGCUUUGAAGGGCUCUGAAAUAGUGCCUGUUAAAGAACACACUAAACAACCUUUAAUUCGUACGAAUACUUACAUUAGCAGUACACCUAAAGUUAAUACACAAUAUCAAGAAAAGUUUUCAGAGGCAAGCUUGGAAGAAAUAUCAUUGAAAUUAAUAAAUAGCUAUAUACAAGAGAAAUCACAACUGGUUGAACAGUAUGAACAAAUGGCACAACUACAAGAGUUGGAAGCAGAUAGUGCCCUCAAUGUGGAUUCCAUUGGCUUUACUUAUUUAGAAGAUCCAGAUACGGAUUCAUUAAAAGAAAUACAAUCCCAAAUUGAAAAAUUUCAGUCUAUAAAAAAAGAAGUAGCACAGCAGGAAAAAGAUUUAAAAACAGUUAUAUCUAGAAUGGAAACUUUAUUUAGUGAUGGCUAUAAGUGUUCUACAUGUACAAACAAUAAAGGAAAGUCUAUUAAAAUGGAAGACAAGGAAACUGAAAUAAGUAAUAGCCUUGUAAACUUUGCAACUCAAACAGAUUCCAUAUUGCUUGAUAAUUUCAAUGAAUUUAAUACAAAUUCUGAUAACAAAAGUAGUGAUGAUGAAGAAGACAACAACAAAAGUACAGAGCCGUAUGACAAAAUCUGUCCCAUGUGUGGUGAAUCAUUCAAAAAGGACAUAAACUUCUCUGACUUCCAAACACAUGUAGAAAGACACUUUAUUGGUGAAACAGAAGUGGAUUCCCUAGAUAAUUACGAAAAUCCAAAUUCUUUUGAUAAUGUUUCAUAGCUAUCUCAAUUGAUGCCCAUACAUUUCCAAUAUUAAAUUAGCGACUGUCACUUUUAUGUAGUGGGUCUACAAAUGUCUGAAAAAAAUAGCAAAAUAAAGGGACCAUUAUGUUGAUUUUUAAAACACAAUAUAUUUUAAAUUUUGUGCAUUAAUGGAUAAUUAAGGCAUCAUUGAAGUUAUUAUCAAUUAUUAGCACCAUACAAUAAUAAUAGACAUUGUUUUAGAAAUUUUAAAAUGUAGGGAAUAUUUGUUAUAAUAGCAUCCUCCAAUCAUUCCUAGUAAUAACUACAUACCUAAUAAGUGCACCUUUUUCAAUAUGUAAAUUCUGUUUUGUUUAUAUUUUAUGUUAUAUUGCAACAUUGUAUAAGUGAAGAAAUAUGCUGAUGGUAGAUAAAACUAAAAAUAUAUGUUAUUUACUCUUUAGGAAGAUUAUUGAAAAUGAUACUUAAUGCCUCCAAUGGUUACAUGACUGGUUUUUGCUAAUUGUUUUAUCUAAGUUAAAUAUCAGGGUAAUUGUAUGUAGGUCAGGAUGAAUUACCUGCAAAUGUUAUAAUAGAAUUCAAAACUGUUAAGUUAUAAAUUAAUAAUUCACACUAAAGCUUAUAGGUUGCCUUUUUAUUGAAUGUUCCAUUGUUUACAACAGUGAAUUUUGUAUCAACGGGUUAUGAAUUUAUAUUCAUUAUUGAAUCAUGUCAUGUCUAAUAAUACUUUAAUUUAUUUCUAUUAUGUUUAAUAAUUUAUAAGUAAGGUAAAUUUAAUUAUUAAGGGUUAUUCGUGAUUAUUUAAUGCAGUAAAUAAAAUAUUCACAUACAA